AUGUCAACGUCACCUGCAUUAUACACUCUGACAGCAGUGGAAGCACUGGAACUGCUCAAAGCCAAUACCAUCACAGUGGAGACCUAUGCACAAUCUCUCCUUGACCGCAUCCGCGACCGGGACGAUAUUGUAAAGGCAUGGGCCCAUCUCGGCCAGACCAGCAGCUUGUUCUACGCCGAGCUCGUGAACUUGAUCAAAUACCAGAAAACCAGAGAGGACCGUUGCAUGGAGUAG